AUGAAUCAAUCGUACAAUAUUUACGCACAACCCUCAGCAAUAGUUGCAAGUAAAAGUCAAAAAUCAAAAAUAUCAACAUCGCGAAAAAUCAAAAACAUUUUAAAACCAGUCCUUGGAAGGAUCUUCAAGACGAAAAAGGCGCCAAAACGUAGUUCAUACAUUGCAUCCGCAGAAAAAGAUUAUGACUUUGAAUGGAUUCAAGAAAUUGAGAACUUGGCUAAUGAAGAAUUGGAGAAUCGUAUUAUCGAUGAAAUUCAUAAUUGUUCAGAGGAUGCAGCUAUUUAUGUUUACAAUCCUGAUGGUGAUCGACAGUUGGAGACUAUUGAUAAGGAGAAUUUUUAUGUUCCUGUACAUUUUGCCCGUACCAAUGCUGGAACUUUCUUUUGGACAUCAAUUCAACGUGAGACUAUUGAGCCAUAUCAAAUUGAAUGGAAUUUCUUAGAUCGUUGGGGACAAGCUUGA